CAAGUUAGUAUUAUCCCAUCUAUCUAUUUCGCUAUAUAUACGCUAAAACUCGACCGUUGAAGCCCCCAUUUCGAAUUGCGAGUUUACAACGAUUCUAGUUUCAAUAUUCGCUCUUACACUGAAAAAGAACAGAGAAACCUAAAAAAUUCCCCUCCUUCUUCUUCUCCUUUAAUUGUUCUAUUAAAGAUUCCAUAAUGGGCGCGAAAACGCGAUCGCAAGUCUCAUCAGAGCGUCAAAAGUGGGAUAAAAUAUUUGAGGGUUUAGUUAAGAUGCUUAAAACCCUGCAACAACAGCUUGAAACUUUGGUUAAAGAGAGAAAGAUUCUCGAAGAUCGGAUCAAUAUGCAAUAUGAACGGUGGGUCUCUGACGUUCGCCUCUAUGAAGAUCACAUCUCUCAGAUGACGCGUGAUUUGGAAUUGAAAGAGAUGGCGCGUGUGCUUGAGGCUGCAAAAGCCGAUAUGAUGGUUGGAUUGAAGCACAGAGAGGCUUAUCUUUGCAAAUUGAAAUUAGAGGCAACGGAGGAUGAAUUGACUGAUUUCAGAAUCUGGUUUGACAUCCUCAGUAAAAAUUCAAAAGACCCCAAAGAAACUAAAAAUGGAAUGUCAGGACGGAAGGAUAGUGGUUCAAAGUCUGUUAUUUUGAGGACAUCGGAAGCUGAUUUAAGAAGGCUAAAGCUUGAAUAUGAAAAUCUUGCUUUGGAAAAGAAUUCUCAAGUUGCUACACUUGUGGCAGAGAAUAAGUUUGCAUGGAAUCAGUUCAACAUUUUGGAAAGUCAGUAUACGGAAAAAUUAAAGAGCAAGAAUUCUGAACUCGAAAAAGCUAACACGAAAAUUGAGGCACUUAUUUCCAAUAUGGAAGAGCUGAGGUCAUCUAAUACUGAAAAGGAUGAAAUAAUUGAGAGAUUAAAAUCUGAAGUGUCUCAGAAGGAGGCUGAUGCGAGUAGAUUCCAUGAAGAAGUUUCUAAAAUUUCUAGGGAGGUAGAAUUAUUAAGGAAGUACGGAAGUUCUUCUUGUACACAUGUAAUAAAACGUUGUGCAGCAGGCAGAAGAACUUCUAUUCUGGGAGGUAAGAAUGGUGGUAGCGAAGGAUGCAACGUUAUUGUGCAGAAAGAAAACUCUGCUCCUCAUGUUCCUGAUCUUCUGAAGGACAAUGGAAAGGAAAGCAGAAGCUCGAAGAGAAAAAAGGAUGAUCAAGAACCCAUUUCUGAAACUCCAAAAUUGUUCACGUCUACUUUUAAAGUUCCCAGAUUGAAAGCCUCCUCUCCCAUGACAAGAUGACCUAUACCAUCUUCUUGGCUUCUGAUUUUACUCUUCCCUGUAUUUUUUGUUUAUUCAGCUACGAUCUUGGCAAUUAGUUCUCAUUUUAUUUUGCUUCCAUGUAUAUUAAUUCCAUACCCUGAAGCAAGUACUUCUGUAUUUUUUACCAAUUAUGAUUUGUAAAAGGCUAAUUAUGAAUGAAUUAGUGUUUGUGGUUGUCGUA